UUCCUAUAAAUACAGAAUUUUUAUUUCACUUCAAACAAAUUAUAUUUUAUUAACAAAAUUUUCUAAAAAAAUCCUUUCAAAAAUGCCCCGCAAAAGUUUCGUACCUCCCGUUGACCCCUGGGAACGUAAAAAACUCGAUGAAAUUCAUCAGAAAAAUCUCAAGAAUGCUCGAAGUCUUGUCGACUUUAAACCACCUAAGAUAUUUGCUUCCACUUACCUAAGAGUGCCAAAAUUAAAAGAUGAUUUUGUGGCCACUAGAAGAAUUUUAAAGGACAAUAUACACCUCUUGACCAAACUUAAUUGUAUACAAAAAACUCACGGUUUUACCGAUAAUGUUAAUAAAAUUAUACCCAUUAAAUCGAAUCAUUUUAUACGUUUGUCAAAACGUUUAAAAGAAAUUGAAGAGGAUAAUCAUAAAUUGGGUAAGAGAAUAUUAAAAGCUAAAUCAUCUAUGGACACGAGAAGAGGAAUGGAGGAAUUAAGAGCUUUAAGAAGAAAUAAUAUUAAAUCCACUAUAUCACAGGCCACUAUGAGGGAGUAUAUGGAAGCCGUUAAUUGCCACGAACCAUACUUAAUGGGCAAACUCUUAAGGCCUAAGGUCUUUAUAGAUCUUUAUGUUAAAAAUGUCAGACCUUUGGGACGCAUAGUUAUACAACUAUAUACAGAAGCUUGCCCCGAAUUGGUUUUAGAAUUUGUGCGCUUGUGUUCGUACCGCAAUACGGACUUGCUGAAAUUUAUACGUAUAUUUCCUUUACUCUGGAUAGAGGGAGAACUUUGCGUUCCGGAAAAUGUUCUUAAUUGUCCUGGAUUUUUGUAUAAUAUGCAUUGUUUAGAUCAUGGCAUGGGUCCCGGUGUUCUCUCGUUUGCUAAGUGUUAUUUAAAUGGUUUUCCUCCCGGUUUGCUGAAUUUCUCUAUUAGUUUUAAAGCUUUAUCGGUUUUAAAUGGCGAGAGAGUGCCUUUUGGUGUGGUCAGCCAAGGUCUAAAGGUUUUGGAUUGUCUGCAGGACUAUGGCACAAAAAAUGGUAAAACAAAAAAGGAUAUAGUAGUAGUCAAUUGUGGUAUGUGGCGUUGAGUGUAUAUUUUUUUGUAAAUUGUAAUUUUAAUCUAUAUAAAAAUACCACAUAUCCUACAUUAUCGGAUUUCCCUUAUAAACUUUUAAACAAUAUCGAAAACUUUAUUACAAUAUACAAAUACCAAUUGGAAAUAUAAAAUAAUAAAAAAAGUAUA